UAUUGGAACUUCAACGUCUUUCACUGUUUCUUCAACUAUUGCAUUGACAACGAAACGGCAUCCACUGUCAAAAUCAUCAUGAAAGUCAAAAUGAUCUUCUCUGUGUGCUUCGUUUUGUUUUCAAGCCUUAAUUAUGUGCAAGCUGACGGCGGUGAUAUUAAUGAAAAUGACUACAUUCACUAUGUUUUUGAUUGGGAUGAUCAAGUGCGUAUAUGUGGUUCUUCACUUGCUGACAUGCUACGAGCGGUAUGCAAAGGAGUUUACAACGAUGACGGCGAUAAUAACGAAUACGGAAUAGUACCUGGAAAAACACUCAAACAGCGUAUCGAAGAAGGACCAGCAACGCAAUGCUGCCUCAAAUUUUGUCCAGUGUGGUAUAUGAAAUAUAUUUGCAAGGAUCAGAGUAUCAUUGAGGAACAUGUUAUAGUCCGUAAAAGAAAAGCAACCAAGUGGUAUCAUUCUAAGUUUCGAUAUGAUGCUCGCCUACCAGGUCAAUCCACGGAUGAUCCAAUCUGUCCAUAAUGUGAUCGCAAAUUUACUAAAUAA